GUCGCGGCUGAGGGCGGCGCGGCGUUGACUUCUCCAGCUCCGCCUCCCAUUCCGACUCCGGCUCCGGCUCCGGCUCCGGCUCCGGCUCCGGCUCCGGCUCCGGCGCGCGCGCUGUCGCCCUCCCCGCAGACCGCCUUCGGCCUGGUGACCCCCGGGCGCGCGGCCGCCGGGAGCCCCCUGAGACUUGGACCCGCUGAGCCGGAGGAGGCGUCUUGGGGGUACUUAUGAAAGAAUUUUCACCUGGGAAGUAGAAGUUGCCUCUGAAUCUCUUUAGGGCUCACAGAUGGAUUCAGUGGAAAAGACAACAAAUAGAAGUGAACAAAAAUCAAGCAGAAAGUUUUUAAAAAGCCUCAUCCGGAAACAGCCCCAGGAGCUGCUCCUGGUCAUUGGGACGGGCGUCAGCGCAGCGGUGGCCCCGGGGAUCCCCGCCCUGUGCUCCUGGAGGAGCUGCAUCGAGGCCGUGAUCGAGGCUGCGGAGCAGCUGGAGGUGCUGCAUCCUGGGGACGUGGCCGAGUUCCGCAGAAAGCUGACCAAGGACGGGGACCUGCUGGUGGUCGCCCAUGACCUCAUCCGGAAGAUGUCCCCGCGCACGGGCGACAGCAAGCCCAACUUCUUCCAGGACUGCCUGAUGGAGGUCUUCGACGACCUGGAGCGGCACAUCCAGAACCCGCUGGUGCUGCAGUCCAUCCUGAGCCUGAUGGAGCGGGGUACCAUGGUCCUCACCACCAACUACGACAACCUGCUGGAGAUCUUCGGGCAGCAGCAGAGCAAGCCCAUGGAGUCGCUGGACCUGAAGGACAAGACCAAGGUCCUUCAGUGGGCGCGGGGGAACAUCAGGUUCGGAGUUCUUCACAUUCACGGCUUGUACACCGACCCGUGCGGGAUGGUGUUGGACCCUUCGGGAUAUAAAGACGUCACUCAAGACCCGGAGGUCAUGGAGGUUCUCCAGAACCUGUACCGCACCAAGUCCUUCCUGUUCGUGGGCUGCGGGGAGACGCUGCGUGACCAGAUCUUCCAGGCCCUCUUCCUCUACUCCGUGCCCAACAAGGUGGACCUGGAGCACUACAUGGUGGUCCUCAAGGAGAGCGAGGACCACUUCUUCAAGCACCAGGCAGACAUGCUGCUGCACGGCAUCAAGGUAGUGUCCUACGGGGACUGCUUCGACCACUUCCCCGGGUACGUGCAAGACCUCGCCGCUCAGAUCUGCAGGCAGCGGAGUCCAGUUACAGUAUCCACUGCCACUGGGCUUCCUGGUGACUCCAUGAUGCCGAUCGAGUGGACAGUACCACGUUGUUGGGGAAUGCAUGCCAGGACUGUGCAAAGAGGAAGUUAGAAGAAAACGGAAUUGAAGUUUCAAAGAAACUCAGACAGUCAGAUACAGAUGACGCUGGAGGGUCUUGAAAUCUUUAAAACCAAUAAAAGCUGCAACCUGAAAACCAGCCUUCUGUAACCACAGUGCCAUCCCCAACGAGGACGAAUGUUAGAGAACUCCACACAGGCUCUCUCGAUCCUAAACCAUCAAAGACCCCGAGAGCCACGUGGGUACGUGCCCGCGAAGCUGGGUGAGGGAGUCUGCCGCGUGCUGAACUCUGAGGUGACGCGUGCACACAGCAGGUGUCCUGUGUGAGGACUGACGAGACCGCUCCCUCGGGGGCCAGAGCGGCGGGCAGGGACAUUCCUGGUACUCCCAGCUCCACGCGACACGCCUCCUCCUGAGGUGGUCUUUCUCCUCCAGUGAAAGGGGGAGAGUAAAGGCUGUCCAAGCAACAGUAGUUGCCAAAGAGAAAAUAGCACAGGAGACACUUAAAUUUUAUAAUUUUUGUGUGGAAACAUGUUACUGUAGAAAAAAAAUUAGAAGUAUGUUUGUUACAUUGUUAACUACCGAAGAAGGAAUGGAUGCUGGAGGCACUGAGGGAACUAGUGAGGGUGCCUGGAUCUGUAGGGCUUCUUUGGAGUUCUGUACUUGCAGUUAUUUUGUUUUUUAAAGAAGGGCAAAUCUAUCUGCUACUAAGAAGUGAAGUCUCCAAGAGGCAGAAGGCCUUUUCAAAAGCACAGGGCAGUGUCCAGGUGUGUCAUGUUACAGAUAACCGAGAAACUGUAAGUGGAGCACAAGACCAAGUUUUAAACUUUUAAAUCCCAAGCUCUCCUAGCCUUUAUUCUAGGGGUUAAGGUCCAGCCUUUCUGUUCUUAGCUCUUUCAAGUCCUCUCCCCGCGGCCCACAUUGAAGGAUUUGCAGAGUGAAGACUUGACAGAGACUUGUGGGAGCACUAUAGACGUCAGGGCUCACGGGGGCAGACAGCGCGCUGCUGUCUCGCAGGCCGUGUACUUGUGCCCACGGAGUCGCUCUCUGACCCUGGCACCGGCCCUGCGUGGCUUCUCUGCCGAGGCUUCUGUGUUACAGCUCCCCACAGGUUUAGACAAAGGGAAGAACAAGGACCAGGAACAGGGAGUGAGAGAGAAGCCAGAGAGCUCCUUAAGACCUUUUUUCUUCCUUUUUGAAGCAUGGAAAACAAAUCUUUUAUGUCACUCUGGUCAGAAAUAAAAUUUUAUCUUCA